ACACGUGUCUCCUGAGAUCUCAUAUUUGGAGGUGUGCAGUCCCCCCUCCAGAACAGAGCAGGAGUAUCCUGAUAACCAUUCCUGUGAGGGUACACCCAGACGUUACUCUGCUAAAUAAUCUAAAGAUGAACCCUUUCAUGUGGAGCCUUCUAUAUUUUGUUUUACUGCUGUUUUCUGAAGUUGCACAUGCCACAUACCACCUCAGAGCAGGAGAUCCUCAGCUGAUAACUGCACAAAGUUACGCUCAGACCAGACAAAAUGGUCAACCAAUGUUCAGGACUCUGAAUCCAGCAAAGACAGACUCCCCGUGCAGGAGCCGCCCCCUGGACCUGGUCUUCAUCAUUGACAGCUCUCGCAGCGUUCGUCCUGCAGAGUUUGAGAAGGUCAGAAUCUUCCUGGCUAACAUGGUGGACACCCUAGAUGUAGGCUCAGAUGCAACAAGGGUGGCCGUGGUGAACUAUGCCAGCACAGUCAAGAUAGAGUUUCUGCUCAAAGACCAUUUCAACAAACUUGACCUGAAGAAAGCCAUCGCCCGAAUUGAGCCCUUGGCGACCGGUACGAUGACUGGCCUGGCCAUCAAGACAGCAAUGAAAGAAGCCUUCACUGAGCAGUCUGGAGCCCGGUCUCGCUCCAGGAACAUCGCCAAAGUUGCCAUCAUCGUAACUGAUGGGAGACCUCAGGAUCAGGUGGAAGGAGUGUCUGCUGAGGCCCGUGCCACGGAAAUAGAGAUCUACGCUGUGGGCGUGGACCGUGCAGACAUGCGCUCCCUACAACUGAUGGCCAGUCUCCCUCUGGAGGAACACGUCUUCUACGUGGAAACCUAUGGCGUUAUUGAGAAGCUCACCUCCAAGUUCAGGGAAACCCUGUGCGGUGUGGACCCCUGUGCCAUGGGACAUGACUGUGAGCACAUCUGCAUCAACAGCAACGCCUCCUAUUACUGCAAGUGCCGGAACGGUUAUGUAUUGAAUGCAGACAAGAGAACGUGUUCCCUGAAACGUGAAGAGGUGAGAGCAGAGGUGGUGGAGGAUCCCUGCAAAUGUGAAGCCAUGUUGGCUUUCCAAAAGCAGACGCAGGCAGCCAUCCAGCAACUGACAGACAAACUAGCUGACAUAUCAGGGAGGAUAGAGCAUCUGGAGAACAUGUUGGGUCGUGCAUGAACUUAUACACACUG